UCGAUUUGAUAGUAAUCAUUCGAAAAAAUGUUUGAUCUAAUGGAAAAUGCGUGUAGACUUUUUAAUCAUGUGGCUCAUAAUAUUCCCUUUUCCCUUGACAUUGCUAGUCGAUGGAUAUUCUGCAUCGGGGCCACGGAACAGGCGGUGUCUCGCCUUCGAGUUCGGCAGCGAGAUCGGUGAUAGCGGCGUCGAAGAGGGCGGAGACUCCGGUUGUGAGUCCGGUGGCAGUUCAUCCCAUCAGCAACAGGAUCGGCAAAAGGAACAUGGUUCCACUGGCCGAAUGAGAGGUAACUCCAAACAACGCGCCUCUGGCAUUGCUCUGAAAGCUGCACAGGAGGCGAAACAGGCCAAUGAAGAUAUGGUCGGGGCCGUCAAGGCGGCAUCGGAGAAGAUUAAAAUCGAAUAUGCCGAGAAAGCGGCAGCAGCUGCCAAAGCCGCCGAAGCCGUUCUCGCUGGCAAGGCUCAAGUUCUCGAACAACUUGAAAUGGAGGUUCGCGAGGCUGAAAUCGUUGUCCAGGAAGAGACACAGGAGCUUUGCACUGCCGAGGGCAAUGCACAGUUGGCUCAAAAGGCUCACAGUCAGUCACAGGAGGAGCUAAAACUUCUGUUGGCAGGACUUAAACUGGCUAGGGAAAACUACGACACCUCGGAGCAGGUUUCAGCUGUGUGCCAACAAUCGUUAUCCGAUAAAACAAUUCUUCUGGAAGCCGCACAAAAUCGUGUGGGUGUCCUGUUGCGCCAACUGGCCGAGGCACGCAGUGAUUACAACAAAACCAAGAAGGCGGCAUACAAAGCGUUAUGUGCCGCCCAAGAGGCCAAGGAGCGUAUCGAUCGUACGCGACGACAAGCUAACCAGUAUCCAGGACAUUUGGUUAAUUAAUCGAUUCAUUGACUUUAUUAUACACAAACAUAUAGAUUGAUUUAUAUUUUAUAAGCAAAUGCAAAACUCAAUUUUA